AUGAUCAUUAUUCGUACCAUGCUUGGUAUUACAAAGCUACUAGUAUUAUUUUUCUUUAAAUUUUCUUCUGCAACCGAUACCAUUACACAAUCACAACCACUUUCUGAUGGCAGCACCUUGGUAUCUAAGGAUGGAACAUUUGAAUUGGGUUUCUUCAAUCCUGGUACUUCCACAAACCGCUAUGUUGGAAUUUGGUACAAAAAUAUCCCAGUAAGAAAAGUUGUUUGGGUUGCAAACCGUGAUAAUCCAAUCAAAGACAGUUCAAGCAAGUUGAUCAUAAGUAAUGAGGGAAACCUGGUACUUCUAAAUCGGAAUCAAUCAAUUAUAUGGUCAACAAACACACGAGAAACAACAAGAACAACAUCAAAGAUUCCAAUUGCGCAACUAUUAGACAAUGGAAACUUAGUACUCAAAAAAGACGGUGAAGAGGAUUUUCUAUGGCAGAGCUUUGAUUAUCCGAGUGAUACAAUAUUAGCAGGAAUGAAAGCUGGUUGGGACAAGAAAAAGGGUCUAAAUAGGAUUCUGGUUGCAUGGAAAAACUGGGAAGAUCCAUCUUCAAGUGAUUUUACUUCAGCUGUUGUACAAUCUCCUAGUCCUGAGAGUUUUAUUUUCAAAGGCUCGACAAAAUAUUUCAGGACUGGACCAUGGAUUGAUCGUCGAGCUAGUGGAGUAAUUGGGUUGGCAGAAAAUCCACUUUAUGAUUAUGAAUUCGUCAACAAUGAAGAUGAGGUAUAUUAUAUGUUCACACUCAAAAACACUUCUGUGGUUUCUAUACUUGUAUUGAACCAAACAAGUUUGGUUCGUCAACGCUUGAUUUGGAUUUCAGAAACGAAAUCAUGGAAUGUUUACCAACACCUACCACAGGAUAGUUGUGAUGAAUAUAAUGUUUGUGGCGAUAAUGGUUUAUGUGCGCUUAAUGAAUCACCUAUGUGUCAGUGUUUAGAUGGGUUUAAGCCGAAAUCGGCGCAACAAUGGAAUGCAAUGAAUUGGAGACAAGGUUGUGUACGUAAUGGUAAUUGGAGCUGUGGGGUGAAAGACAGAGACGGGUUUAAAAGAAUUGCUGGUGUGAAAUUGCCAGACACUGGACAUUCUUGGAUUGAUGAGAAAAUGACACUUAAAGAUUGUAAAGCUAAAUGUUUGGAAAAUUGUUCAUGUAGUGCUUACUCUAGCUUAGACUCAAGUGGGGCUGGUAGUGGUUGUUCUAUUUGGUUUGGUGCACUUGCUGAUCUUAGAAUUUCACAAACUGGACAAGAUUUAUAUGUUCGAAUGGAUGUUUCUGAUAUUGGUGAUAAAAAUGGACAUACUAAAACGAUAGUAUUGGCUGUUUCAAUUACAGUUUCAGUAGUUCUUGUGGUGUUAUUGGCAUUCACCUACAUUUAUAUUAAAAAGGCGAAAUAUAAAGAUGAAAUAGAGAAAGCCACGAGGUCAGAAGAGAAUGAUGAAGACACACAUGAAGGUUUUGAGCUUCCUAUCUUUGAUAAAGCCACAUUACUCAAGGCCACACAUAACUUCUCUUUUAACAACAAACUCGGUGAAGGUGGUUUUGGACCGGUAUACAAGGGUACAUUGCUCGAUGGACGACAAAUUGCUGUUAAAAGGCUUUCAAAGAGUUCAGGACAAGGAAUAAAAGAGUUUAAAAAUGAAGUUAUAUUAUGUGCUAAACUUCAACACCGAAAUCUUGUAAAGGUUCUUGGGUGUUGUAUCGAAAGAGAAGAGAAAAUGUUGAUCUAUGAAUAUAUGUCCAACAAAAGUCUUGAUUCAUUUCUUUUUGAUCCAUCUCAAAGCAAAUUGUUAGAUUGGUCUACACGAUUUAACAUUCUAUUUGGAAUUGCUCGAGGACUUCUUUAUCUUCACCAAGAUUCAAGAUUAAGAAUCAUACACAGAGAUUUGAAAGUGAGUAAUAUUUUACUGGAUGAUGAUAUGAAUCCAAAAAUUUCAGAUUUUGGCAUGGCUAGAAUGUGUGGAGGUGAUCAAAUUGAGGGGAUAACAAAUAGAAUAGUUGGCACAUACGGUUAUAUGGCACCUGAAUAUGCAAUUGAUGGAUUAUUCUCUAUAAAAUCAGAUGUAUUUAGCUUUGGAGUAUUAUUAUUAGAAAUUAUGAGUGGAAAGAAAAAUAGAGCACUUAACUACCAAGAGCAGGAUCAUAAUCUUAUUGGAUAUGCGUGGAGAUUGUGGAAAGAGAGCACUCCACUCGAAUUGAUCGAUGAUUCUUUAAGGGACUCUUGUAUUGAAUCUGAAGCAUUACGCUGCAUUCAAAUUGGCCUAUUAUGCGUACAAUACCAUCCCGAUGAUAGACCCAGCAUGUCAUCUGUCGUUGUGAUGUUGAGUAGCGUAAACACUUUGUCUGAACCAAAGGAACCCGGUUUCUUGAUUAAAAAAAAUUCAAUUGAUGGAGAACAAACAUCUUCUUCGGCAAAUGAAGUAACCAUCUCAUUAUUAGACGCUAGAUAA